GCAACCAUCCGGAUGGGGCGCUUAGCAACACACAGGAGGAGGCAGAGAGCGCGCGAGGAACUGCCAAGAACAGAGCAAAAUAACGGAUGCGAUCGACGGUUACCGAUUGUAAGAUCGUUUUAAGUAAAUAUUCAAUAUCUAUGAAGCCAAAUUGAAACUUCAAUUUAUCAAAAGUGCGUUUGUUUGUCAAUCCAAAGCGUCGCUAUGAAGUUCGUCGUCGUUUUAGUCGCCGCUGGCCUUUUGGCUUUUUUUGGGGCGGUCAUCUGCAUAGUCGCCGGCGUGUAUUCGCGAUCAUCCGCCGCGCCCCACGGGAAAGACAACCGCUCGCUAUCGCUCGUGGAUCCGCUCUCGGGAUCCGUAGCGCGCGCCGGGCCGCUCGGUGCUCUCCAUGGUGCUGAAUCCUACGAAGGCGGCGGAUUGGAUAUCGGCCUUGAGAUCCCAACACUCAACGAACUGAGUACCGGUGAUGUAACGGGCCCGAAACAGUUUACACUCAAUCGACUCAUCUGCACCCCCGUACCCGUCGGUGAGUGCAGAUCGAGGAGUCUCAGACACCAAUCCGACGAGGAGGAUUGGACCCUCCGCACCACCGCCGAGGAGCUCCGGCAGCUCAUCGUGCAGCAGAACGAUCAGAUCCUCAUGGACCAGAAGACCAUCACCGAGCUCACCGGGAAACUCUCCGAGUGCGAGAACGGUCUGGAGGAGAAAAGCCUCAACGAGAGGAGCAUGGGAGUCUGGGCGGGGAACCGACGACACAUGGCCGGGGAUGACGUGAGCGGUUCGGUUGCGGUGCAGCUGCAGACGGCACGAGCCGUGGAGGAACUGGAAAGAGCGAUUCUACAGCUGAAAGACCGCAUAGAGAAGCUGGAGCUGGAGAUAGGGCCUGCUGCUAUGAACCACACUGAGCAUGUUGCGAGCACAUUGGGGAGCGUGGUGGUGGGGGAACCUGGCAGACCUGUGGAGGAUCUGGAGGGAGAGCUGGAAAAAAAGAUCAGGCUGCUGGAGAAAGAGAGGAAGAACCUUCGCAAAGAAACCCAGGGUCACCAUCAUCACAUCGACAAGGGAAUCAACACCCUGCAAGAGCGUAUUGCAGAGCUGGAACAGAGUCUAACAGAGUACAAUUACCCACAAGGGUAUAAACUUUCCUUCCCUGUACGGACCAACUACAUGUACGGGCUAGUCAGGCGAAACGUACCCGAGAUGUAUGCCUUCACGGCGUGUUUGUGGCUCAAACCUGCCGAGAACGGAAUCGGAACGCCGUUUUCUUACGCGGUGCCGGAACAGCCAAACCAACUUGUGCUGCUACAGGGAAUUCAUAACCCUGCAGAACUGCUGAUCAAUGAUAAGGUGGCACAGCUGCCCCUGUCUUUGCCCCAGGGCAUCUGGCAGCACAUCUGCGUGAGUUGGACUCUAAGGGACGGGGUUUGGAAAGCGUAUCAAGGCGGCAAGUUAAGAGGCCGGGGUGAAGGACUGGCAGCAUGGCACCCGAUUAAAUCUGGAGGUGUGCUGGUGUUGGGACAGGAACAGGACACUCUUGGUGGGCGGUUUGACGCAUCUCAAGCUUUGGUUGGGGAGCUAUCACUGUUUAACCUGUGGGACCGCGUGUUGACGCCCACAGAAGUCGCCGCUUUGGCAGCCUGCACAGAAUCACCGCAACUUGGCAACGUGGUGCCCUGGACUGACCGUGAUGUGGAUGUUUUUGGGGGAGCAGUGAAAGAACCUGUGGACCCCUGCACUCAGAGCUCACAUCCCCGACAGUGAGCGAAGCCAUGAGUCCAUUCACUCUUUUGAGUUGUUCGAAAGGCAAAGCUAUGAUUAUUGUAUGAUGGUCCCAGUGUAUUUAAGAAUGUAUUUACACUAGAAGUAUACUCAAAUGCGAGUAUGUACUUCCAAAAGGAGGGGAUCUGCUUGUGUCAGUUUGGAUCUGUAGAGCUGUCGCCAAAAGCUUUAAGGUCUUGUGUUUUUCUUUAUAAACAUUACAGCACUGUGGUUUCGUCGGACACAAAUGUGUUUUGUAAGACGGAUGUGGCUCAUUUUCACAGCACGUUUUUAUGCAUUAUUUAUGUAAGGUGGAGCUUUUGUGUCUUGCAGAGCGGUCUCUAUUUAUUUGUUUAUAUUACUGUACAGUAAAACGUCAACAUGAAAUCUAAAUCGGCACUAUUUAUUUUUUUAUUACACAUUCUUUAUAAAAUUAUCAAAUGAAAUUAUGAUAAAAUUGUUUUUUCAUGUUGACCUAUAUGACCUUUCAGUUUAUCAUCUCAUUUAUUUAUUGUCUCCAGGUUUAAAGAGACCCCACAGACUUAAAUAUUUUGAAUGUUUAAAACAGUAUUCAGCAUCUUACAGCAUCUUGUCGUGUUACCAUUGCAUUGUCCUUGGCCAUUAUAGAGAAAGAUUAGGAAAGUGCCUGUCUAUUUAUUUGACUAUUGCUACGAUGAUGAUGAUGAUGAUCAGCUGUUAUGUUACUGUAGUGCUGCUUCAUAUUUGCACCAAGGAUGUAAAGAUAUUGUGAAAAUAUGGAUGAAAAUAAUAAAAUUGUGAUGAAAACAA